AUGAUCCAAUUAACAUAUAUAUUUUUUGGCCUAGCUAUGAUAUUUGUUUCUCUGUAUGUUGGAAUGUCUUUGACAGGAAAGGCAGGCAAGUUUUUUAAAAAAGGUAAAAAGUUAGGUGAAAUAGAAGAAGAGUAUGAGCGUUUAAGAGAUUAAUUGAGAAAUUUAAAGCAUCAUUAUUACUGGGCCUAAUCAAAUGGUGAAAAGACAAAAGAAAAGCAAAUGGAAAAAUAAAUAUUUGAAGUUGAAGAUAAACUUGAAUAAUUGUAUGAAGAGUAUUAAAUUUUAAAGAAAGGUGGAAGUGUUCCCCUUAAAAAUAUUCCAAAGAAUUAAUGA